AUGAUCCACGCCUUACGGCUUCCCGCCGUAUCUGCCCAGCCAGCGACUCGACUUUCGGUAUCGCGACGCGUCCGAAGACGCCGUGACGUCAUCCAGCGAGGUGCCAGAAGAGCCGAACGCGGCCGAAGACUACUUCGGGAGGAGCAGAGACAGCGACAGAGCCGAUCCUUGUCCCACAUUCGAUCCUUCAGCAUUCUAUGCGCCGAAACAUGA